AUGAUUACAACAAUGGCUUUUAACCAAAAUAAUAAAAGUGAAAAUUAUCGUCAUCAAAAAGAUUCUUUUCAAACUUUAUACCAUCAUUCAUCGAUGUCAUCUCCAUUUGAACCACCAAAAAAUGCACUUUAUAUUAUUCUUGGUGAAAUUCAAGCAAUAAUAUCAUCAAAAAAGAAUAAUACUCGGUGGUCAACUACUCAUUCAUAUGAAGAAUCUCCUGAGAUUAAUUCAUUUCAAAAACUUAAAACUAUUCUUAAUUCUGUUGCCGAUAUUCAAGAUAUUGAUUCAUUAACAUUUUUAACACCAUUUCUUGAUGUUAUCCGUUCCGAUGAAACAUCUGGUCCAAUAACAUGUUUGGCAUUAAAUGCUGUGAAUAAAUUUCUUUCCUAUGGACUGAUUGAUACUCUAGAUGAAUCAGCAGCAUCAACUAUUGAUAAAGUUGCCAAUGCUGUAACACAUACACGUUUUGUUGGAACGAAUCCAAAUGAUGAUGAAGUUGUUUUAAUGAGAAUUUUACAAGUUCUUCGUUCAUUAUUACUAAGUCCAAUUGGAUCACAAAUGACAAAUGAUACUGUAUGUGAAAUUCUUCAAUCUUGUUUUCGAAUUUGUUUUGAAACAAGAUUAUCUGAAUUAUUACGUAAAACAUCAGAACAUGUUUUAAUUGAUAUGGUUCAAUUAUUAUUUGCUCGAUUACCACAAUUUAAAGAUGAUACAACAUCGGUAUCAUCUACAAAACGAGUUAAAGAUCUUUCUACAAAAGAUAUAACAACCAAUAAUCGACGUCGAUCCCGACAAUUAUCGGGAAAUGAACAACAAAUAAAUGAAUCAAGUUCAUCUAUAAACGAAACAACUUUAACAUAUUCAUCACAAGUCGACGAUAAUGAUCGUCCAACAGCAAUUGAUAGUGCAACAAAUGCUAUUCCACUAACAAAUACUACCACAAUGAAUAAUGAAAAUAAAUCCGGUUCAAUUAAUGAUACAACUUCUCAAACAAUAUUACCAAUAAUUGUUCCAUCAUUUGAUGAAUCAUCAUCGAAUAUUCUUCAAACACAUCAAAUAUCAACAAAUGUUCAAGCAGAAAAACAAUCUCAAGAAACAAUAGUGACACAAACAUCAACCAAUAAUCAUGAAUAUAUUAAUCCACGAGGAAUUAGAUUUACAACAGCAUCACCUACACCUGGACCUGUUAAAGAUCCAUUAACUCCAUAUGGUUGGCCUUGUGUUCGUGGUCUUUUUCGUUUUCUAACUACACUUAUUAAUAAUUAUGAUAAAAAUAAUACAGAAUAUAUGAUCACAGUUGGUUUGAAUCUUUUAACUGUUGCAUUAGAAGUUGGUGCAGAUUAUCUUGCUAAUUAUCCAUUAUUACUUUCAAUAGUUAAAGAUCCUUUAUGUCGAAAUUUAUUAAGUAUGGUAAAUUGUAAUCGUAUUCAAUUAUUUUCUGCUUCACUUCGAGUUUCAUUUCUCAUAUUUGAAAGUCUUCGAACACAUCUUAAAUGUCAAUUUGAAUUUUUUAUAACACGUUUAAUGGAAAUAAUUAUAUCUGAACAAUUAAAAAUAACUUAUGAACAAAAAGAAUUAGCACUUGAAACAAUUGUUCAACUGCUACGGAUACCUGGUUUACCAGCUGAAUUAUAUUUAAAUUAUGAUUGUGAUUUAUAUUGUGAAAAUUUAUUUGAAGAAUUAACUAAAAUGUUAUCAAAAAAUGCUUUUCCAGUUGCUGGUUUAACAUCAACACAUAUUCUUUCACUUGAUGCACUUCUUUCAGUUAUUGAUCAUAUUGAACUUGAAUGUCAAUUUCAAGUGCAAAGACAAAAAAGUGAUUCGACAAGUCAAUCAUUAACACGUCCUAUUCCAUGUGGAUAUGCGUUUGCUCUUUCAUUACAAAAUAUGGAUAUAAGUCGUUCUUCAGUACCUUGUGAAUCUCGUCAUGGACCACGACUUCGACAAAAUCGAAUGACAAUAUCUUCACAUUUACCAUCACAAGAUGAUCUUAAAAAAAUGAAACAUGAUAAAAAAUUAUUUCGACAAGGUACAGAAUUAUUUAAUCAAAAUCCAUCGUCAGGAUUAAAAUUUCUUCAAGAGAAUAAUCUUUUAUCAAAUCCAUUAGAUAUUAAUGAAAUAGUUAAAUAUCUUAAAGAUAAUCCAUUAUUAGAUAAAAAAACUAUUGGAGAUUAUUUAUCAAAUAGAAAAAAUAUUCAUGUACUAGAACAAUAUGUCAAAACAUUUAAUUUUGAAGAUAUGCGUAUUGAUGAAGCACUUCGAAUUUAUUUAUCAGAAUUUCGUUUACCAGGUGAAGCACCUUUAAUUGGUGUUUUACUUGAACAUUUUGCUGCUCGUUGGCGUGAAUGUAAUAAUUUUGCACUUGCAAACAAUGAUGCUGCUUAUGGUUUAGCAUAUGCUUGUAUUAUGCUUAAUACAGAUCAACAUAAUACAAAUGUUCGUCGUCAAAUUUUACCAAUGACUUGUGAUGAUUUUAAACGAAAUUUAACAAAAAUGAAUAAUAAUGAAAAUUUUGAUGAAGGAAUGUUAACAGAAAUUUAUAAUGCAAUUAAAUCUGAUGAAAUUGUUAUGCCAGCUGAACAUACCGGUCUUGUUCGAGAAUCCUAUUUAUGGAAAUUAAUGCUUAAACGAUCAAUAACAAUAGGAGAGAAAUUUCUUCAUGUUCCAACUGGUUCAUAUAAUCAUGAUAUAUUUACAUUAAUAUGGGGACAAACAAUGGCUGCACUUUCAUUUGUUUUUGAAAAAUCAAAUUAUGAUUUAGUUAUUGAAAAAUCUAUACAAGGUUUUAAUAAAUGUGCAAGAAUUGCUGCAUAUUAUUAUAUGUCGGAUGUUUUUGAUAAUUUGGUUAUUUCAUUAUGUAAAUUUACAACUUUACUUAAUAAUCGAGAAUGGAUUGAAAAUUUGCCAAUACAAUUUGGUCUUAAUAGAAAAGCACGUCUUGCUGCAACAGUUGUUUUUAAUAUUGCACAUGUACAUGGAGAUAUUUUAAGAGAUGGAUGGAAAAAUAUUCUUGAAUGUAUUAUUCAUUUAUAUAAAGCUAAAUUAUUACCAUCGGCUCUUGUCGAAGUUGAAGAUUUUCUUGAUCCAACUGGACGAAUAACACUUAUUAAAGAACAAAUUACGGAAACACCAAAAACUGAUACUGGUUUAUUUUCAUCUCUUGCAUUUUUACUUGGUGGUGGUGGUUCAAAUGAUUCAACAUUAUCAUCUGGUAAACAACCAACAACUGAAGAACAAGAAGCAAUUAAAGUUGCUUCAACAUGUAUAGAAGAAUGUCAUUUAGAACAAUUAUUACAAGAAACAAAAUUUUUAAUAAUUGAUUCUUUAAAUGAAUUAUUAAAAGCACUUAUAUAUGGUUGUCAAAUAUUUCCAGAUUCUCAAAAACUUGAUCAAGAUGCUGCUGUUUUUUGUCUUGAAUUACUUGUCAAAGUUGUUUUACAAAAUCGUGAUCGUGUUACAAUAUUUUGGCCAACUGCUCGACAUCAAUUUUAUUCUACACUUGUUAAUGCUAAUACAAAAACAUUUUUUAUUGAACGUACUUGUAUUGGUUUAUUAAGAAUUGCAGCAAGACUUUUACGACGAGAAGAAUUAGCUUCUGAAGUACUUAAUUCACUCCGCAUGCUUCUUCUAAUGAAACCUCAUGUUAUUUAUGGAUUAUCAUCUGAAAUAGCUUAUGGUUUACAUGAACUUCUUCGAACAAAUGCAGCAAAUAUACAUAAAUCUGAAGAUUGGUUUAUAUUAUUUUCUUUACUUGAAGUUGUUGGAGCAGCUGCUCAUCCACCUUCUAUACUUCAAUCAACAACAGAAAAUUUAUCAUUAAAUAAACAUAUUCAUCAAAAUUAUUCAACAACACAUGCUGAAUCGGAUACUGAAUGUACUGAUUGUUUAACAACAAGUACAAGUGAUAAAGGUUAUACAAGUGAUUCAGAAAUUUAUCGUCGUUCAGAUUAUAUAGUUGUAUCACAUAAUGAUUUUGAAACAUUUCGAAAUCAAUAUGAUCAAUAUUCACGACAUGAUCGUCGAGCAUUAAAUAAAUCAUGUGAAAUAUUAUCAUUUAUUAUUCAUGAUGUUGCAUAUGUAACACAAGAAAAUUUUGAAUAUUGUAUACAUUGUAUACGAACAUUUAUUGAAGCAACUAUUAUACAACCAUCAAAUAAACAAAUAUCAAAAUUAACAACAAAUAAUAAUAAAAAUAAUCGAAAUAUAAAACAAAUUCGUAAAGCAACAUCAUCAAGUUCUUUAAAUAGUGAAAAUUUUAAUGAACAAAUAAAUAAUCAAAUAAAACAAUCAUGUUCUGAUUAUGAUGAUGAUGAUAAUACGCAACAAUCAAUUAAACAAGAAUAUCAAACAAUUGCUUUACAAUUAUUAGAUUUAAUGCAUACAUUACAUAUGAGAGCAGCACAAAUAUAUAAACAAAUACCAACUGAUCAAACAAUAUCGAGUGUUUUAUGGUAUAAAUGUUGGUGUCCUAUUUUACAAGGUAUUACUCGUCUUUGUUGUGAUUCUCGUCGUGCAGUUCGUUCAUUAGCACUUGGUUAUCUUCAACGAUGUGUUCUUUUACCUGAACUUCAUAUUCUUUCUUCAAUAGAAUGGGAAUCUGUAUUUAAUAAAGUAUUAUUUCCUUUAUUACUUAAAUUACUUGAAACAACGAAUAUAAAUGAUCAUAUACAUGGAAUUGAAGAAACACGUGUACGUGUUUCACAAUUAUUAUGUCGAAUAUUUUUACAACAUCUUACACCAUUAUUAAUAUUGCCAACAUUUACAACAAUAUGGUUAACUAUUUUAGAUUUUAUGGAUAAAUAUUCUAAAAUAGAUCAAACUGAUAUGUUGCGUGAAUCUGUUCGUGAAUCAAUAAAAAAUAUGCUUUUAGUUAUGAAUACAACUGGUUUAUUUGAUGAUAAUCAAUCUUUAACAGUGAUUACAAAAGAUAGAAUUCAUAGUUUUUUUCCUGGUCUUUGGGAAGAAGUUUUUAAAAUAUCAACACCACCACAAAUACCUUCUCCAACUACAGAGUCGGUUGUAUUACCUACUAUGAGUGGUGAUAGUAAUACUCCAUCGAAUGAAUCGACAACAUCGGUAGUAUCAAAUGAAACAAUAAUCAAUGAACCAACUCCUUCAACUAAUACUCGAUUUUUACCAGCUCAAAUACAAAAUUUGUGA